AUGUCGAAGGUAUGCCAUGGCACCCUGUGGAAACGAGUAUUGCCUGGUUAUUCUAUUAAUGCUCGCUCUAGCAAACGAACAAGCCUGUACUUAUGGAAGAUCCUUGCAACAGCUUACCCUGCAGAAUUUAACCAGAUAUCCCAUCGCUAUUUACUCAAGCCAACCUCCAAGAAAAUGGCAGUCGCCAAUUACCUGAAGCUUCUAACUUCAGUAUCAGUGGACUGGACAGCCGUUGUAAGCCUAUCAGUCGAGCUCUUCGAGCCUCAUGAGUUCCUUGCGGUUGCCAAGGUCCGCAAUCUAAUUGGCCUGGAAAUCCGCACCCAGCCCAAACGGACGGCGUUCGGAUAUGAAGCCACCGUCUCCAUAUCUGAUCGAGUCAUUAAAGGAUGGAGUGAACAGGCGCUUACUGGUCAAGCCUUUGAACACCUCCGGAUUUUGGUCCUCCGCCUCCAAACUAGCUUGACUGAACACAUGUUUGCAUAUCUCAAUGCAUUCUCAACACUGAAAGCGUUCAUUAUUCAAGGCUGCCCGAGAUUGUGCAGUAAAGAGGCAAGAGAAUUGGCAGAACAGCACGGCUGGGAACCCGUUGUCGUCCGUUAUUCAGACCAUAGUCUUUAUAGGACUAUAGUGGAUAUGGGUAGCCAACUAGAUUCCCAAACACAAGACAGCCGUCUGACGUGCAUCGACAGCUUGCCAGUCGUGGACUUUUCUCUUCAUUGCCGCAACCCGAAGUCCCUCUACCCAGAGGAACAGAUACUUUUCAGGAGGAAGUAUCAGGCUCCAGACCAUCUGAGCCUCCAGGAUCAAAAGGCCCAGAAAACCCAUAACGACUCAGAUAUGGCCCCGUCUAAGCCUGAUUUGAAACAGAACAAGCGAGUAGUAAGGGAGAGCUGUACAAAGGACAUGAAAGACCUCCUUGACCAAUUUAAGUACGACUCUCCCUAG